AUGGCCUCUCUAAGCCUUGAUUACCUGGAUUCGGAUCUAGAUUCCGACCCUGAGGUCAUUCCCGAGUCCCCACCCGCCCUGCCAAGCACCCUGCCAAGCCCGGAGAUAGGCACCGAGCCAAUCAACCUACCAAGCACCGAGAUACCCCUUCCCCCUCUCGACCAGUCAUAUGCCACACCAGAGGCUGGGAUCACUGCUAUCAAUGACCAUGGCCGCGUCUAUGGUUAUGCAGUGAUAAGCCGACGUUCAAAACGUACGAAGAAAGGUGUUAAGAAGACUAUUCGGCUGUCCUGUGAUCGAUGGCGAACGAUCCCUCCAGAAACCCAGGAUGAUCUUUCUGUUCCUGAUACGAAUCUUUCUCAGCAAAUCAAGCAAGGUAUCCCUACCCGUCGGAUUCUUACCAAGCUCCGAGAGAGUGAUCUAGAUUCUUCCCUUACACCCCGUGAUAUCUACAAUUUUCGGAAGAAGAUUAAUAUGGAAUUUCUCGCCGGCCGUACGCCUCUUCAGGCAUUGUUGAUAGAGCUCCCGAAGGGUAGAGAAUGGAUCUUUAGAUACGAAGUCGACGAUGAUAACCAUGUGACCGCGUUAUUUUGUAUGCACAAAUCGAGUGUUAUAAUGCUAAAAUUGAAUCCCUGGGUUAUCUCGAUGGACUGCACGUAUAAGACUAAUCGGUACGGUUUACCUCUCCUUGACAUUGUUGGUUUUGCUUCUACCGGAUUAACCUUUCAUAUUGGCUUUGCCUUUAUAAAGGAUAAAAAGGACGAUAGCUAUGAAGUUGUUUUAAAUUGUCUUGCUGAGGCCUAUGAUUCCCUAGGUCUUGAAUACCCCCAUACGAUUCUUACGGAUAAAGAACAAGCGUUAAUGGAUGCUAUCGACACCGUGUUCCCGAAUACGAAAGGUAUGCUUUGUAUCUGGCAUAUUAACAUAUACAUCUUAAAGAAAGCUCGACCAAUUCUCUCCGACCAGAUCGCUAAAGCUCGACGAGAAGCCAGCACCCAGUCAACCAACCAGUCAACCACCCAGGAGAGCACUCAGCAGAGCACCCAGUCAGCCUCCCGGCGGAGAACAAAAGCCGAAUUAGAGGAGGAACGUCGCCAACUUGAUAAAGGCUAG